AUGCACGCAGUUACCAGCCUCUCAAUGGUCAGUUUGCAACAUUUUGGCUUCCUAUCCAUGGACUGGACCAAGCGGAAUCAAGUGGAGGAGUACACUCAAAACGAUUCCUCUAUUACGUUUGAGCCCAAACAACCACCACACAUCAUAUUCAUACUGACUGAUGACCAAGGCUUCAAUGACAUAGGCUAUCACAACCCGGCCAUUCGGACUCCAACUCUGGACAAACUGGCCGCGGAAGGGGUGAAGCUGGAGAAUUACUACGUUCAACCUAUCUGCACUCCGUCACGCAGUCAACUGAUCACGGGCAGGUACAUUUAAACCAAAACCUAACAUAGCAGGCAUAAAAAUAACCUAGGAUAACCUCCAUUUGCAUCGGGAUCAGCAUCAGGCUACGACUUUUUGACAUUUACAGAUAUUGUUGAAAAUGUGCAUGCAAGUAGCCUAGUGGUUAAGAUAUUUGGGCCAGUAAGACUGCUGGUUCGAAUCCCCGAGCUGACUAGGUGAAAACAGUUUGUCGAUCGCUGCUGUAAGUCGCCCUGGAUAAGAGCUUCUGCUGAAUGAUGUAAAUGUGAGUUGUUCUCUUAAUCACAGCUUUACACUUAUUGUUUUAUGUAGGCUACAUUAUCUGCAAUUACAGUGUACAUCCCAGGUGAGGAAUUACAAUGUAGUUACCUAAGUAUAGACCUAUUUAUAGAUAAACUACAUAAAGUUGUGAUGCAUCACAUCAUGAUCAAGAUGCAGGGUGCAUUUGGAGAUAAAUAUAUGCAUGUAACAAUGCAUUCCAUUAUUAGCCAACUGGUGUUGGUCUUAGGGCCUCAGAGUCUGAACAGUGCAAUGCCCUUACUCAUGUAGACUACUUUGAAAUGUCUCACCCAGCACUGCAAACAACUGUUGGUAUGUAAAAUGUUUGCACUGAUGAACUGUCCCUUGAGCUGUCCAUAGUGAUCUUCAUUCAGUGUAACACAGAACAAUAGCAACAUUUACUGGAAGUACUCCUGCUGGCAGCGACAGUCAUUCAUAACAGAUGAGUCAGUCAGAUAAUCAUUCAUAAGCUCAGUAAGAAUUGUCAGCAAAUCUAAACAAAAUCGCUUUGUUUUCCCACGGGAAACAGGGUGUCCCCUGGCUGUGCUGUGCUGUAAGUCUCAGAAAGCCGUUACACAAUUGAACAGGGUUUGAAUACAUAUACAAUAGACGUGAGGGAAAUGGCCAUUUGCCACAUAGUCAUGCACUUACUGUACCUUACCAGGAAAGAGCUGUACAUUGUUGGGGAAGAUAAAUGCUGCAGAUAACUCACUUUCUAACCCAAGAUACAUGAGCAGAAACAUCUGUUGUUGAGAUGGACUGUGGAGAGCUGCAGGGUGAGAGGCCAGUAUUGUGAAACAGUGGUUAGGGGCUGCUUCAUUUGCUCUAGCAAGCAGAGACCGGAUAAACACAAUCAAAUGAGCGCCAGUGUAGGAAGAGCAUUGAAAGUGAGCGACACAAUGCCUGGAUGGAGUCCUUGUCUCCUCAGAGCAAUCUGACUAAAGCACACAUUAUAUUCCCUCUAUCAAAGUACUCAGAGUAGGUUAUACUUAUUGAUAUGCCUUACAUCUUUUAAUGUUCACAACUUGGGGCGGUCUUAUCAAGAAAAUGUAGAGUUGCUAAACAUUUUUUUGUGAGAAUUGAUUACUAGGAAUCUCAAUUGUGGCGUUUGCUUGAAGUACUGUUCAGGAGUGUUGAUGUUGGCAUACCACACAACUGCUGCACUGCAGCCUGAACAACAGCUGUGGGGCCAUCAGAGCACUGUGUGUGUGUGUGUGUGUGUGUGUGUGUGUGUGUGUUAUGGGAUUGGUUGGUAGCCUGUCACUAGGGGAUGUCUCUUGCAAAGAAACAGUUCAACCUAGAUCUGGAUCUCCAGAGUGUUUGGAAAGAAGAGUUUAAUUAGCUGUUGUCUCCCUAGCAACACCCAGGUAAUGAACAAGAGCAUGGGGAGGUGAUGAACAGACAGGCACAACACACUUGUUCUUUAGGCUGAGGAGUGAGGACAUGACACACGAUCUUACUGAAAGAGAUGUGGACAGAAGACCAAGGCGUAAUAGCCAUCCACCCUUCACCCAGAAACAGGCCCAUUUACAGUUAGAGCUGGGAGUGAGGUAGGGAGGGAGUUAGAUAGGGAGGGAGGUAGGGAGGGAGGGAGGUAGGGAGGGAGGAAGAUAGGGAGGUAGGGAGGGAGGGAGAUAGGGAGGGAGGGAGAUAGGGAAGGAGGUAGGGAGGGAGGGAGAUAGGGAGGGAGGGAGAUAGGGAGGGAGGGAGGGAGGUAAGGAGGAAGGGAGGGAAUAUAGCCGUGGAAUGUUUCUGUGUAGGCGUGUGAAUAUAACAUCAAUUCUCAGUGGACUCUCUCACCACAUGCUCAUUCAGACCCAGUGUGGGUCGUGAGAGGAAGAGGCUCAUUCAGACCCAGUGUGGGUCGUGAGAGGAAGAGGCUCAUUCAGACCCAGUGUGGGUCAUUGGAGGAAGAGGCUCAUUCAGACCCAGUGUGGGUCGUGAGAGGAAGAGGCUCAUUCAGACCCAGUGUGGGUCGUGGGAGGAAGAGGCUCAUUCAGACCCAGUGUGGGUCAUGAGAGGAAGAGGCUCAUUCAGACCCAGUGUGGGUCGUGGGAGGAAGAGGCUCAUUCAGACCCAGUGUGGGUCGUGGGAGGAAGAGGCUCAUUCAGACCCAGUGUGGGUCGUGGGAGGAAGAGGCUCAUUCAGACUCAGUGUGGGUUGUGGGAGGAAGAGGCUCAUUCAGACCCAGUGUGGGUCGUAGAAGGAAGAGGCUCAUUCAGACCCAGUGUGGGUCGUGGGAGGAAGAGGCUCAUUCAGACCCAGUGUGGGUCGUGAAGGGGCUCAUUCAGACUCAGUGUGGGUCGUGAAAGGAAGGGCUUGUCUGAAUAGAACUGGAGUGUGUCUACAUGCUUACUGCAGUGCAGAACACCCAAAUAUCAGACCAUGCAAAGAACCUGGGUGGCCAAUCAACAGUUAUACAGGGACAAGUUGCAAAUGUUUUCACGUGGUAUAAUGUUACUGAAGUACUACACACUACUAGAAAUGGGGAAAUGUUCAAGGCUGAUGAAAAAUUAAAUAUAUUUUGUGUAGAAUGUUUUGGUAUUUCUGUUAGAGGCCGCAGCACCUUUUCAACAUCAGACAUGGUAGUGUUUACUAUAGGUCAAUAGGGGGCUAUACUUGUUCUUCAGAUUCCUGCAACAUUCCUUUGCUCACCCAUACACUCUUAGAAAAAAGGUGCUAUCUAGAACCUAAAAGGGUUCUUCGACUGUCCCCAUAGGAUAACUCUUUGAAGAAUCAUUUUUGGUUACAGGUAGAACCCUUUUGGUUCCAGGUAGAACUCUUUUGGGUUCCAUGUAGAACCCUUUCAACAGACGGUUCUAAAAGGGUUCUACCUGGAACCAAAAAGGGUUCUACUUGGAACUAAAAAAGGUUCUCCUAUGGGAACAGCCGAAGAACCCUUUUGAAACUAAUUUUUUCUAAGAGUGUAUCCUCGCAAAGUAUCCCAGUAAUACCCUUCUUCUUCCAUUUAAGCAGAGUCCUGGCAGAAAACAAAUGCUUAUGUUUAGAUGAGUGUUUCCUUAAAGACUAAUUGACUUCAUUAGUUGCCUUUUAUGACUUGAAAGCUGUAGUCAGGCUGUAAAACAAGCUUUGCCAACCACACAGUAAUUAAAUGGUUGGUAGAGCACAAACUACUUGUCAGUAAUGACAGAGUAUCUUCAAUAAGGGUGUUCUCAGCAUCAUGACUAUAUUUAGGUAUCAGUUCCAGCUGAAUGUGUGUUUUGUACAUAAUGAGUGAGGAUGAAUAAGAUUUGCUAUUGGACAUUAUUUCUCUUUACACAGAUACCAGAUCCACACAGGCCUUCAGCAUUCCAUCAUCCGGCCUCGCCAGCCCAAUUGCCUCCCCCUAGACAUGACCACGCUCCCACAGCGACUGCAGGAAGCGGGGUACGCUACUCACAUGGUGGGCAAAUGGCACCUUGGCUUCUACAGGAAGGAGUGUCUGCCGAUGCGCCGAGGCUUCCACAGCUACUUUGGCUCUCUGACGGGCAGUGUGGACUACUACAGGUAUGGCUCCUGUGACGGACCGGGGAGGCAAGUACUCCACCCACCUCUACACCCAGAGGGUACGUAAGAUCCUGUCCACUCACGACCCGUCCCACCAGCCCCUCUUCAUGUUCCUCUCCCUCCAGGCCGUACACACGCCCCUGCAGUCACCCAAAGCAUACAUCUACCCCUACCGUGGGAUGGGGAACGUAGCCAGAAGGAAGUAUGCAGCCAUGGUGUCCAUCGUAGACGAGGCUGUACGCAAUGUCACCUAUGCUCUGCGCAAGUACGGCUACUACCGCAACAGUGUGCUCAUCUUCUCCACUGACAACGGUGCCCAACCAUUCACUGGGGGGAGUAACUGGCCUCUCCGGGGGCGUAAGGGAACCUACUGGGAGGGAGGUGUCCGUGGGGUGGGCUUUGUACACAGCCCCCUGCUGCGUAACAGGCGGAGGGUCUCCAAGGCCCUCAUGCACAUCACUGACUGGUACCCAACCCUGGUGGGUCUGGCUGGGGGUAACGUGUCACUGACUGAGGGUCUGGAUGGCUACGAUGUGUGGCCAACCAUCAGUGAGGGCAAAGAGUCCCCGCGCCUCAAGAUCCUCCAUAACAUUGAUCCGCUCCAUCGGCGCUCUGGCCUGCCCCAAUCUGGUUCUGGGCAGGAGGGUCAGCAUGUGUGGGACACCACGGUCCAGGCUGCCAUCCGGGUGGGGGACUGGAAGCUGCUAACAGGGGACCCGGGCCAUGGAGACUGGGUCCCACCACAGGUACUGGCUAACUUCCCCGGCAGCUGGUGGACCCUGGAGCGGAACACUGGGGGAACAGGGAAGUCUGUGUGGCUCUUUAACGUCACAGGAGACCCCUAUGAACGCAGUGACCUGGCGCUGCAGAGGCCUGAUGUGGUCAAACAGCUGUUAACACGUCUGGCCUACUACAACCGCACUGUCGUCCCGGUCCGGUUCCCCGCUGACAACCCCCGGGCCAACCCAGACCGCAAUGGGGGGGCCUGGGUACCCUGGGUCGGGGGAGACGAGGACGAGCAGAAAUGGAACGGGAUCUACAAGAAGGGGAGGGAUAAAAAGAAGAAGAAAUGCAAACUGAGAUCCUUUUUCAAGAAGCUGAACACCAGGAUAAUGUCCAAUAGAAUAUGA